UGGUGGUGGUGAUGAUGAUGGCAGUGGUAGUCAAGAACACAUUACGGCACUUGGGAACACAUCCCAGAUAGGUUCUUGGUGGAUGAAGCAAUGCUUGGUAAAGCAACAUAAUCAAUUGUUGUUGUUGUUGUUAACAGUGAAAACUAGAUUUUAACACCCUUUGCCUUUGUGCCAGCCAUGACUGAACGUCAGGACUACCAAACAUUUGUCUUCCUUGAUAUUGAGACCACUGGCUUGCCUAGAGACCAACCUCGCAUGGCAGAGCUGUGCCUUUUUGCUGUUCACCACUCUUCCCUGCCGCCCUCUUCGCAGAAAAAUGAACUGCAGCUCCCUCGCAUCAUAGACAAGCUCACCCUCUGCAUUGAUCCCCAGAAACCCUUUACCAAGCGUGCAAAGGAUAUAACCGGGCUGAGCAACCAACAGCUGGAGCAGAACUGCAAGCCAGAAAUCAACCAUUCUUUGAUGGAGAUCCUGAAAGGGUUUUUAGACCGGCAAGCUCACCCCAUCUGCUUAGUGGCCCACAAUGGUCUCGGCUUCGACUUUCCAUUGCUGCGUAAAGAACUGCAGCAAAUAGGCACUGACCUGCCCCCAAAUACAGGAUGCCUCGACACUUUGCCAGCUUUGAAGGAGCUGCUUAAAGAGCAAGACCUGUGCUAUAAGCUGGGAAACCUGUACCAGUACUUCUACCAAGAGGAACCAUCUGGAGCCCACUCGGCUGAAGGAGAUGUGAUCACUCUUCUCCUUGUGUUUCUGGCUAAGGCCCUCGAUCUGAAGGCAUGGGCAGCCACGCGGGCCCAGAAGUGGGAGGAGAUUCAGCCUAUGUAUUUUCCCCACUCAAACAGUAACAGGAGCUGAUGCUCAGAAAAAAAAAUAAUUUUCUCCUAUCCAUGCCUCUCUUCCAUUAUACUGAACCAUAAUUUUUAAACAAUGGUUUGCUGAUUAAACCAUAAUUUGCUAGCUUGUACUUGACAAAUCAAGUUUUUUUUUUCUCCUGGAUGUAGAGAGCCAUAUUGAUGACCUUGGAGAAGAUAUGUGGUGGCAGUUAGCAAAACAUGAUUUAAGUGCGGAACAGGAAGAGAACAUUAGAAAGAAACUUAAACUGGUUCCACCUUAACUCUCUUUGGUAUUAGAGGGAGGGAGGGAAAAUGCUGUUAGGCUUUCAAGAUUUUGCUACUAAUGCCUACAUCAAUAAAAUAGAGUGCCAGUAAA